UACUUGCUAACCCCAGAUUUCUCUUGAAGGGCUUGGCAGAGGAUUUCCUGCUUGAAGAAAUGACUGGAAAUGACAGUUGAAAACGCUUAUUGACAUCGGCAGCCUCUCUCCCGCAUUGCUACUUUCAGAGAGAAGAAUCCAAGGAGUGUAAUGCAAACAGGGUGAACCAACUCCGUUCCGCUUGCCACUCACUCUGUGAACCACGUCCAAGACCUGCUUCAUCGCCAGACAAAAAUGGCAAUGAAUGUCACUCACAGAAGCCUUCCUGUCCUUCUCACCUUCGUCCUACUGAUCUCUUCUUCCUUUGGCACUUCAGGUGAAGCAUCGAUCAAUGCAUCCCAGCAUGUGAAGGGAGUCGUGGGAGGACAGGUCUCCUUUCCUGUAAAGGUUCCCCGGGGAAAACCAGUGGAGAAAAUCGAAUGGGACGUCAUUAGCCCUGUAAGCGGAGCGCCCUACCGCCUUUGUGAAUUCAGAGACUGGAAGCUGAAGAAGUCAAAUUUCAGCACGUGGAUAGAAACAUGGAUGAACCGACAAGGUCAUAGGUUAUCUGGGGAAAAUGAUUUUGUGAGUAAUGUAAUGUCGGGGUACAUAUUUGGACGUCGGCUGCUGAUGGCUGACAGGGCCACUCUUACAAUCAGGGAGAUGGAGAGGCAGGAUGCUGUAAUCUAUAAAGCUCGUGUCUGGUUUGAUGCAGAACAGUUUGAAGACCACUUUUUUAAUGUGACUCUUUACGAUCCAGCACCACAACCAAGGAUCAACUAUUAUGAUUUGACCAAGACUCCAAAGGGAUGUGAUGUGACCCUGAAGUGCCAGACAAAUGUAGCAGGAACGUACAAUAUCUCCUGGGAAAACGUGAGAGCUUUAGAUAGUUUCUCAUUUUCUGACAAUGGCAGGAAUCUCCAUGUCUCCUGGAGAAAAGACUCUUCCCAUUCCUUCAUCACCUGCCUGCUCCGCAAUCCGGCAGAUGAAAAGAAAGCUUGGUUUGACUUGCGCAGAAUCUGCCAGGAUUAUGAACGUCAUGAAGUUAAAAGUCAUGAAGGCAGCAUUUUUCCAGGCAGCAUUCAACAGAAUAUCCAAUGGGGUAUCAUACUGGGUGUUCUUGUACCCCUUAUAUGUAUUUUGGUGGUGAUCUGCAGGUGUUAUGAGGCGGGGAAAUCCAAUCAGAGGAACACAGAUAUUCCCUCUGUGGCACAAGAGGAGAUGGCGUACCGUCCGCCACCCGAGAACCCAAUGAUGAACCGCCUUUUGAUGGUUUCUGCACCCGACAGUACAGCAAUUAGCCCCCCUACCUAUGAUGAGGUCCAGGCUGACCGGAAUGGAGGAGAAGGUACAUUGUGCUCAGAACCGCCAGCCUAUGAUUCCAUUUCUGAUUGCACCGCGUCUGCCCCAGAUGCCUGUGACUGCAGCUGUGACUGCAGCUAGCUAUCCUGGAUUCAGAGCUGAGGACCCGACUGAAGAAACCGAGUGACUGCCGGACAAGCUGGGGGAGAUGGCUAACACCGCCACCCUGUUGGAGAACAUUGUCUGAAAAAGCUCAUGGGCCAAGGUGAAACUCAAGUAGAGGAACUUUUCUCUGAUUUCUCUGAUCCUGUGGCUGCAGUGGAAAAGCUACUGGGAACAUCAUUUGGCUUUGCUCAUCUCCCCCUCCUGGGACCCUUAUAAAGAGGAAAUGCUGCCUGAGUCUUUGCUUUUAGCAACCGAUCUUCAGAAACAUUGCUGUCUCCCGCUGUGGAGGCUGAACUAUGCUCUGGGGUUCUAUUUCAUAUCUACAUAAAGCCAUUGUUAGGGAUUUCAGGGCAAAAGGUGCCUUUUACCUACUGCAGCUAUUUUGACAGCUACGGCCAUACCCAGACCAUGAAAGCCUUGCCACAGUAGUUCAUAUACUUCAAGACUGGAUUGCUGCAACGUGCGGGUUUCCUCUCUUGAUAUGGAAGCUGCAGUUGUUGCAGAAUGCUGUAGCAUGAUCGCUGAUACGUGUGUGGCUUUGUCCGCACAAGCGCCCCCAUUUCAGAGCUCUGCACUGGUUGCCAAUUGGCCAAUGUCCUGCCAACUUCAAGGUGUUCAUAUUAGGACUGGCAAUGGCUGUUUUGUGCAUGACCAAAGCAACACCUUGAUGGGGUAGUGGCAUAACAGGGCAUAGGUAAAGGUAAAGGGACCCCUGACCAUUAGGUCCAGUCAUGGCCGACUCUGGGGUUGCAGUGCUCAUCUCGCUUUA